AUGAAGUUCACUACUUUGAUUAGCGUGGCCUUGCUGCCAAUACUUUCUUUGGCAACUUCCGAGUUCCAUUUCACCAACACUUCUUCCACUAACUUGAUCAGUGCCAACCCUAACUCCCUUACAGAGUCCACCGUUUGUGAGUCAUGUACUACAGAUGUCACAGUUACUGAGACCAGUGCCAGCACGAUUACUGCCUUGUCUUCAAGUGGCUCGUCUUCAUCUGGCCUUGGUGGCAUCGCCCCAGUUGUCACAGAGCACCCAGAGUCUGGAUUCACAACCAGUACUUAUUUGACUACCAGCUGCAACCUUGCCGGCUGUUCUACAUUAACCACCGAAAUAAUUGGAGAACUAUACACUACCACUGUCAAUGGUAGGGAGGUUACCUUGACUCGUUAUCGUCCAAAGCAGACUUCCACCCCUGCUCCUCAUGCUACCACCGUUCCCGUGACUGAACAAUCAACUGUCACUUUGACCACAACCUCAUGCAAAGAGGACAAGUGUUCUGUGGUAACUGGUGAGUUUAUUUCCACUGAAGUUGUUUCUACUGUUAGUGGUAAUUUGGUUACUUUGACUUCGUUCAUCCCAUGUGAGACCACCACUGAAUCAAAAGCUGCUCCAUCCACCGUCACUUUGACUACGACAACCUGCGAGAGCGACAAGUGUAAGCCUGUAACUUCCAAGUACAUUGCUUCAAAGAUUGUCAGUACUGUCAACAGUAAGUUGGUGACCCUUACUUCGUUCAUUCCUUGCGAGACUGAGACUACUAAGACUCCGGAGACUUCCAAAGUAUCCAAGACUACGUACACCACCAAGAUACAUGGAGUUGAAACCGUUGUUACUACAAUUUGCCCAGAGACUGAGACAACCAAAACUCCUGAGCCACCAAAGACCAAAACCACUGAAACUAGUAAGCCAGUUGUCCCAGAGACAACCAUUGACGUGGUUCCUUCUUCCAAGACCGUUGAGUACAUUGAGACUCCAAAGGUAUCCACAGUUGUUUAUGUCUCCUCUGUUUCCAGUACUCCAGUUACUUUCACCACGCAUAGAUCUUUCACUACUCCAGGUAUUGUCGUUGUUUCAACCGAUACGCCAUCAACUACCCCACAAAUUAUUGUGAACACUGUUAAUGCAGCUAGAGCCAACCUAGUUCCACUCGGAUCAGGAUUCGUUGCUGGUGUACUGGGAGCAAUUAUGAUGAUAUAG